UGGCAAUGUUUCCCAGCCCCAGCACGUCCACACCCUUCUCUGUCAAGGAUAUAUUAAACUUGGAGCAGAAUCCCGACGUGAUGGUAUCUUCUCUGGACGUUUCCCCACGCAUGGAUUGCUCCACCUCCUCCUCCUGCAUGCUGGCCCGCCUGAAGCAGGAGUCUCUCCGUGACAUGUCCACCGCCGCCUCCACCGCCUCUCUGUUUCACCAGGACAUCCAGGACUCCAAUAAGGUCGGCAGAGGCAACUGUGCGUCUACCUUUUAUGGCAAAUCGCUCAUGGGAAUGGAAAUGGAAACGGGUGCAAAAUCAGAUGCGUUUGAGGGAAAACGAAGAAAAGAAGAUUUCUGCGCUCCUGUCGGGCCUCUGGGAGACACAAAGUCCGAGGACAUGCAGCGGCCCAAGCCUCGGAGGCGCAGGAAGCCGCGGGUCCUCUUCUCCCAGGCGCAGGUGUACGAGCUGGAGCGUCGGUUCAAGCAGCAGAGGUAUCUGUCCGCCCCGGAGCGAGACCACCUGGCCGGGGUGCUCAAACUUACCCCGACACAAGUGAAGAUCUGGUUCCAGAACAGGAGGUACAAGUGCAAGCGGCAGAGGCAGGACCAGAGCCUGGAGAUGGUGUCCCUGCCGCCGCCCAGAAGGGUGUCAGUGCCGGUGCUGGUGCGGGAUGGGAAGCCCUGCCUUGCUGGAGAGGCGGCCGCCUACAACCCUUCCUACAGCGUGGGCCACAUCAACCACUUCGCUUAUAACAACUACCCAUCCUUCAGCAACUACACCGGCCCCGGAUGCAACACAAACUAUGCGUGCAAUUACCCUGCAGGCACCAUGCAGACUGUACAGGGGUCGUCCAGCAAUGGGAAUUACGUGAACUUUGGGGUGGGGGACUUGAAUAAUGUCCAGAACACAUUUUCUCCCAGUAACGGAGUGUCCUCGCUGCACGGCAUUAGAACAUGGUAACACAAACAUCAAAAAGAAAACACAUCUACUAAUUCAGUUUGAGCGGAUUCUAAGACUGCAUGCGGAUUUCUAAAGGUGUCCAAACAGUAAGGUCUAUUUAUAUAGCUAUAGCUAUCUGAGUUUCCUAUUGGUUUUUUUUUUUUUUUUCCUU